UGAGAAACUCGUAUAGUUCCGCAUGGUCUUCGCACCGGGAGCCUGUGGGCACGCGCGCGUGGGCGUGUCCGCUCCCUGUGACGUCACAGCAUCGUUCCCCGUACCGCGAGCCAAGUCAUCCCCGACCUCCUCACAGCGCGGCGCGCCUCGCCCUCUCCGCACCGCACCUCCGGUUUCUGUUCGAGACAAAACACGCCGCGGCUGCACCGGGGAAGAGCACGACACGUCGGGACACAUUUCUCUGCGGGGACGCGUCUCCAGUGCGGCUGUGGGGGGCGGAGGCGGAGGCUGAAGGGGGGCAAGUGGUACAGCAUCCAGCUGACCGCGCGACUCAAGCAACACCUGGACACAUCUGUCAGAGCUCCUUCAGUGACAUUUGGACACUUAACUUAACUUCCAGCAGGCAUCGCCAGACACGUCGGGCUGAGCAAGUAGGAUGGCCGCAGACUACUUUUUAGGGACAAUCUUUUGACACUUUCUAGUUUUUGGAUUGGACUGAUCCCGGCCGGCCAGCCCCCCCACCCCCCUUGCGAUGGAGAAAGAGGCUGACGCGAUGGCGAACGAGGACCUGUGCCACAGCAAGCUCUACAUCAACUCCAGAGAGAGCCCGCUGGUCAGCGCCAUCAUGUUCGCCGCCGGCGUCCUCGGCAACGUGGCGGCCCUGGUGAUCCUGGAAAUCCGCCGGCGCAGGGACACGAGGAACGGGAACAUGUGGCGCCGCUCGCUGUUCCAUGUCCUCAUCGUGGCGCUGGUGGUCACCGACCUGGCGGGCACCUGCCUCAUCACCCCGCUGGUGCAGCUGUCCUACUCGCUCAACUCCACCUUGGUGGGGAUGUCCCGGAACUCCGACAGCGUAUGCUCGUACUUCGGCGUCAGCAUGACCUUCUUCAGCCUGGCCACCAUGUCGCUGCUGUUCUCCAUGGCGCUCGAGAGGUGCUUCGCCAUUGGGUACCCCUACCUGUACAGCCGGUACGUCACCAAGAAGUGCGCCUACAUCGCCAUCCCCGUGGUGUUCCUGCUCUGUACGCUCUUCGGUCUCCUCCCGUUCGCCGGAUUCGGCAAGUACGUGCAGUACUGCCCCGGGACCUGGUGCUUCAUCGACAUGAACCCGGCGGAGAGGAAGCACCGCGUCUACGCCAACCUGUACGCCAGCCUCAUGCUGGUGCUGGUGCUGGCCAUUGUGGCGUGCAACGGCUUCGUGGUGUACCAGCUGUUCCGGAUGUACCGGCGGCGGCGGCGGAACGGCGGCUCGAUGAUGCCGGCGAGGUCCGGCGGCGAGCGCAGGGUGAUGUCCAUCGCCGAGGAGGUGGAGCAUCUCAUCCUGCUGGUCUUCAUGACCAUCAUCUUCAUCAUCUGCACACUGCCCCUUGUGAUCCGGGUUUACAUCAACAACUCGUAUAACAACGAGUCUCACCAAGAGGACCUGAAGGCCCUGCGCUUCAUCUCCAUCAACUCCAUCAUCGACCCCUGGGUCUUUAUCCUCCUCUCCCCCGGCGUGCCGCACUUCUGCUGGGCCUCGGUGUGCCGGGCUCCCCUGCAGUCUUUCAGGGGCUCCAUUUUUAGGUCGUCCAUUGUCAGUUGCCCCGCCAACCUCGAACUGUCUCGCCGGACGCUGGAGAGUACACCUAGCAUUCUAUGACCAUGGCCGCAACGGCGCCCUGCUAUUUCGCGCCUGCAUUUAUCGGACUCUGGAUUUGGAUGCCGCGCUGGAUGGAAGCGGAGAGGCCCGCGGCAUCCCUCCCGCGCGGGUGGCGUUUCUUAUCUGCUUCAUGAAUGUGUUUCCGUUAGAUAUUGGCCCUCCGUGUCUAACAGGGAAAACAUCGGCCCUGCGGCUACAUGUUGUGAACACAUGUGAAAAGCUUGACAUGCCUCCUUUGUUGCUUAUGUUCUUAUGCCAGUUUAUUUGAAAAAAAGAAGCUGCUGCUGGUAGAAGAAAAAAAAGAGUGUGAAAGCUUUAGCCUAUGCUGUAUUAAGCAUGUGCAGAAGCUCGUCAGAGCAGGGCGCAGGACUUAAACGUGCCCAGCAACCACUAUAAGCAUGGGACUCGGCUACUUUGUAGGCCACGUUACAAGUAAUCUAGACAUGACAUACUAGUAUAUUGAUAUUGUACUACAAGUAAGCUGAAAUAUUUGAUUUUAAAUAGUCAGGGCAUGAUGUUGUGAACAUUAUCUCAUCACUUGUGGUCUGCUUUGGUAACCGUUCCCAUCGCAGGCCUUAUCGGAUUUCUGCUGGAAAGGUCCAAGAGCAAGAAGCCUGGAGAGACUUUCUAGAAUACAAGAAAGUCAAAACCACUCAGGGAGCGAGUGAUAAACACACAAAAGGUUCUGCUGAGGAUGAAUAAUUUAACGUGUCCUGUAUUGGCAUAUAAUAUUAUGUAUCACAACAAUAUUUUACAAAUAGGUUCUUCAUAUGGGACAAUAUAAAUGUUUGUUGAAAAUCAAAGACUUUUUUGCAGAAUAUGUCUAACGCGCAUAGAAAAAAUGAUUAUGUCACUGAAAUGUAGCAAAUGGUGGUACUUUUUAAGGAGCAAACCUCCUUUUAUAACAACACAUUUAAAAAAACCAAAUACUUUUCUGCUCUUUGGAGGUUCAUUAUGAAUAAAGGUGAACUCGUAGCCUGUUGGCGCCUUCAGCCACAAACCGCCAGCUCAGCCGAAAUGCUCCCAAUCUCCAAUAAAGCACCUUGAAAUAUAAUUAAACUCUUUCUGUCCUCCAAUAUAGACAAACACAACACAAACAAACACUCAAACAAAUGCAGGGCAUGACAAGUUGUCAAAAGGUUUUUGGAAAAAAAAAUCUAUAUGCUAUAUUAUGAAUAACAAAUGAAUAAUAUUGAGCCGGUUUACCUUUAAAAAAAAGCCAUGUUUUAGUUUUCGUCCUCACAGGAAUUAUUCCUUUCGCUGGGUCCUUCUGCGCCGUCACGUGACCAAAGAGUUAUUUGGCAACUAUGAGACGUGCCACCUUUGUCCCAAUUUACGCAUGACUUUUACUGCGGGACAUCUCUGAUCGGCAUCUCUGUCCAUCGUUCAUGCGGCACAAAGGACGUCCACUUAUUUAAAUUAUAACAAUGUCGGGUCGAACUGACUCACUGAAACCAGAUUUCGGGGGAAGAAGCAGGUGGUUCUCUUCACGCUAAUGGUUUGAUUAAAAAAGGUGGAUUCAUCGCGGACUACGCUGCAUAACGCAAUGAGACGGAUUGAGACUUUCACAGCAGUUCUUCCUCGGAAAUGAAUCAAAUUCAAACAGAGAAGAGGAUCAAGUUCAACAGAUUUGUUUUUGCGGGACCUUCUAUAAACUUGUCUGGGAAAAAAAUAAAUAUUUGUGUAACUGGGGUUAUGAAAGAGCAGCAGAGUCCAGUUUGAAUUGACGGGCUUUGUCCUUUUACUUUUAAAGUAUCACGUGUGUGUGUGUGUGUGUGUGUGUGUGAGAGCAGUGAAAAUAUAUUCUGCUUUGUCGUGUUGUGAGAACUGCGGCAUAUUUGCCUCCACUGGGCAGCUCGGCAUGAAAACAUUCAGCGUUUACGACGGCAUCUCGCUGCUUCCUGUGGCCGUCACGUGGCUUCUGUGCGUUAUUGCAAAUAUUCCCACGUGCAUGUUUGUCCUUUUGUGUGCUUACAAUAAGUGUGUGUGUGUGUGUGUUUGUGUUCGAGAGACAGACAGCACUGAAAUGUAAUGGAGUCAAAUCAGAAUGCUACCUACCUGGAUGUCUUGUACUCUGUAUUUAUAACGUACUGUAGAUUAAACUGAAUGCACUGAGUGUGUGUGUGUGUCUGUGUUUUAUGGCUUGUGUAAAUAAACAUCUCAUCCAGCAGAAUCUCA